GGCUUUGCGGCCGCCGGGGAGCGGGAAGUACGCCUCUCCCGGAGCCCGCCCCUCGCCCGGGGGAGGGUCCCACCGCCGCCCAGGCGCACCCUUAGCCCCUGGCUGUCGCCGGGUCGCAAGCAGGUGCCAGCGCCCUCGGUCUCAGCCUCACCAUGCUCCGCCCGAGCGCACGGUGGCUGCGGGGCGUCGGGCCGCGGAGUUUCCUGCCGCCCGGCUGCCCCGGCCGCCCGCGCACCUUCUCCAGCCGCAAAGGAGAGGAAAAAGCACCCUUACCCACAGAUACCAGAUGGAAGGACCAAGCUGAGACCGUGAUCAUUGGAGGUGGCUGUGUUGGUGUCAGUCUGGCGUAUCACCUGGCCAAGGCGGGGAUGAAAGAUGUGGUGCUCCUGGAGAAAUCGGAGCUCACUGCAGGCUCUACCUGGCACGCAGCAGGUUUAACAACUUACUUUCAUCCUGGAAUAAACUUGAAGAAAAUUCAUUAUGAUAGUAUCAAACUUUAUGAGAAACUGGAAGAAGAAACGGGACAGGUCGUGGGAUUCCAUCAACCAGGUAGUAUCAGAAUUGCCACCACUCCUGUCAGGGUGGAUGAAUUUAAGUAUCAGAUGACUCGAACUAACUGGCAUGUAACUGAACAGUACAUUAUUGAACCUGAAAAAAUUCAAGAGAUGUUCCCUUUGCUCAACAUGAAUAAGGUUUUAGCUGGACUGUAUAACCCUGGAGAUGGUCACAUUGAUCCUUAUUCUCUAACCAUGGCCCUGGCUGCUGGAGCUAGGAAAUAUGGUGCCCUAUUGAAAUAUCCAGCACCAGUGACUUCGUUAAAACCUAGGGCAGAUGGAACAUGGGAUGUUGAAACAUCGCAGGGAUCUGUAAGAGCAAACAGAGUUGUCAAUGCUGCUGGAUUUUGGGCUCGGGAAAUCGGUAAGAUGAUUGGACUGGAGCAUCCUCUAAUUCCGGUGCAACAUCAGUAUGUUGUUACAUCAACAAUACCCGAAGUGAAAGCUUUGAAGCGAGAACUCCCUGUGCUCCGGGACCUGGAAGGCUCUUACUACCUCCGACAGGAACGGGAUGGACUUUUGUUUGGUCCAUAUGAAAGUCAGGAGAAAAUGAAACUCCAGGACUCCUGGGUCACCAAAGGAGUCCCUCCAGGCUUUGGAAAGGAGCUCUUUGAGUCUGACCUGGAUCGGAUCAUGGAACAUGUCGAAGCUGCCAUGGAAAUGGUUCCAGUCUUGAAAAAAGCUGACAUAAUCAAUGUUGUCAAUGGCCCCAUCACCUAUUCUCCUGACAUCCUGCCCAUGGUAGGGCCUCAUCAGGGAGUUCAGAACUACUGGGUUGCCGUAGGCUUUGGCUAUGGCAUAAUCCACGCUGGUGGGGUGGGGAAGUACCUCAGUGACUGGAUCCUGCAUGGAGAACCUCCUUUUGAUCUGAUAGAAUUGGAUCCCAAUCGCUAUGGAAAAUGGACAACACCUAAGUACACUGAAGCUAAAGCAAGAGAAUCAUAUGGAUUCAAUAAUAUUGUUGGUUAUCCCAAAGAAGAACGGUUUGCUGGGAGGCCAACUCAGCGAGUCAGUGGGCUUUAUAAACUGCUGAAGUCUAAGUGUUCUAUGGGAUUCCAUGCAGGCUGGGAGCAGCCACACUGGUUCUACAAACCAGGCCUGGACAAUGAGUAUCGGCCAAGUUUUCGCCGCACAAACUGGUUUGAGCCUGUGGGCUCUGAGUAUAAACAGGUUAUGCAAAAAGUAGGGGUGAUUGACCUGUCACCAUUUGGCAAGUUUAACAUCAAAGGUCAAGACUCCAUUAGAUUGUUGGACCAUCUCUUUGCAAAUGUCAUUCCAAAGGUGGGUUUUACAAAUAUAAGUCACAUGUUGACACCAAACGGUCGCGUGUACGCUGAGUUGACUGUUUCUCACCAGUCUCCUGGAGAGUUUCUAUUAAUAACAGGUUCUGGAUCAGAACUUCAUGAUCUCAGAUGGAUUGAGGAAGAAGCAAUCAAAGGCAAAUACAAUGUUGAAAUUAAAAAUGUAACAGAUGACAUCGGUGUCCUUGGAGUUGCAGGGCCAUAUGCAAGACAGGUCCUACAGAAACUGACCUCUGAAGAUCUAGGUGAAGAUGUUUUCAAGUUUCUUCAAGCCAAGUCUUUCAAGGUUUCCAACCUUCCUGUCACUGCUAUCAGGAUAUCUUAUACGGGUGAACUGGGAUGGGAACUGUACCACAGACGAGAAGAUUCUGCAGCCCUUUAUGAAGCAAUCAUGAAUGCAGGCCAAGAGGAGGGAAUUGACAAUUUUGGAACAUAUGCCAUGAAUGCCCUGAGACUGGAGAAAGGGUUCAGAGCCUGGGGGUCAGAGAUGAACUGUGAUACAAACCCACUGGAAGCCGGGCUAGACUAUUUUGUGAAAUUAAAUAAGCCCGCAGACUUCAUAGGAAAGCAAGCACUGAAACAGAUUAAAGCCAAGGGUCUGAAACGAAGGCUGGUCUGCCUCACCUUGGAAACGGACGACGUGGAUCCAGAGGGAAAUGAGAGUGUCUGGCAUAAAGGCAAGGUGAUUGGCAACACCACGUCUGGAUGCUACAGUUACAACAUCCAGAAGAGCCUGGCCUUCGCUUAUGUCCCCAUGGAGCUAAGUAAAGUAGGACAACAAGUGGAAGUAGAACUAUUAGGCAAAAAUUACCCAGCCGUCAUCAUUCAAGAACCCUUGGUACUGACAGAACCAACCAGGAACCGGCUUUUGAAAAAAGGUGGAAAGGGACAAAUUUGAAGACCUUCAGCGUUGCUAUGUGACAGUAGUCGAUGUGAUCCUCAAUUUCUGGGGGGAUGGGGGAAGUUGAGACCUCAUGUCAAAAUCAUCAAAAUUUAGGUUUAGAACCCAAUCCUUCUGCAAAUUACUUUCUAAGCAAUAUAGAAUAAUGGAUGGGUAGUUUUCAUGGUUAUUUCAAAGAGGCUUAAAAUGGAAUGUUAUUAUUUCCCUAUAUUAUUGUUUAAUAAAUCAGCAGAACAUUUAUCUAGGUGGUUGCUAAUAUGCAAUUCUUAUAACUGAAUUAAAGAAUGGUAUAUAAUUUUAAGAAUGUUGCAUAUGUUUCUUGGUAGCUCUAAAUAAUAAAUUGUUUUACAUAAAACAAAUGCAAUGCUACUGAUAAGUUUCAAUGAGAAAUAUUUUCUUAUAAGUGAAUGUUGAAUAAAUGGUAGUUUUAAAUUUUAAUAAUAUAAUCUAUGAUAAAAAUAGUAAAAUUUCUUAUUGAUAUAUUUUAUUCAAUGCCCUGAAAAUAUUUCUUUUUUGAUGAUUUCUCUGAAAACACUUUUAUGGAACAUUAUUAUUCUCUUUCAAAGGUUGUUUUAGAAGACAAAUGGCACAAAAAGAACAAAGUCUUCCAAGGGAAGCAGCACUUGUAAGCCUUCCUAAAUGAAGCUGAAACAUAAGUAGAUUGUGCCAGUACAAACACAGUUUGAAUACUGAACACCUCUCCUUGGGAAAAAAUUAAUGCAAGUUGACACCGCAUUGUGCUGUUCUGAAUAUCAUUUCAGAAAGCAUUUGACAAAGCAGGUCAAACAAGCGCUUAAGAGCUGUCAGAAUUGCCCUUAGCUCAAUGUACAGCAAGGAAAAAAUUUCAUUUAGAAAUAAUCCCCUGAUAUACUUUUGGAAAUUAUUUGAGUAGGGUUAUCUGAAUGCAUUAAAAAAUUGUAAAAGAUAGCCUAUCAUUUAUAAUGUGUUAUACAUAUAUACUUGUUACAUAUUUAUUUAACUUCCCUAGGUAAUAAAAAUAUGAAUCAGUAAUUAGAAUAGAUAUGAAAGUAAUUUCUUGUACAUUUUGAAAAGCUGACAAAUUUGUAUUUG